AUGGCGACAGUUGAUGAUGUGGAUUCCAUCAUCUACCCAGCAUUCUGCUUCAAGGCCUCACCAACACAUUUCGCCUGGGUGAAAAUGGCGAUAGUGGACGUGCAUCGACUAGAGAGACCGAGGGAAUUUGAUGGCCAAAAAAUCUUCUUCUACAAAAACCACCCUAUCCGCUUCGUGACAGUUGCAGGACUCAUUGUAGCCAGAACAGAAGUUUUCCGGCGCACAAUCCUCACACUGGAUGAUAGUAGCGGCGCUACGGUUGAAGUAACGGUUCAACAUUCAACAGACCCGAAGCACACGGAACCAAACUCAGAAUCUGCUGCAACUACCAAUGGCUCUAGCUCCGGUGUAUCUCAAUCAAAACAGUCCCAGACUGAAGGUAUCGCAGACAACCCAGAAGAACCAGAUACAAAUAGCUAUACUAUUGGCGACAGCGACAUAUCAAAAACAAAACUCAUCCGAAAUGAACCAGUCCAUAUCACAACAACAGACCAGUCAAUCCUCGAUAUCUCCUCCCUAGUCCCAGGGACAAUGAUCAAAGUCAAAGGCACACUCGGUUCAUUCCGCUCAACCAUGCAACUACACCUAGAACGCUUCAGUGUUCUGCGGGAUACGAACGCAGAAAUGCAGUUCGUUUUUGAAAGGCUUCAAUUUCUUGUUGAAGUCCUUUCUGUGCCGUGGGUUCUGUCCGAUGAGGAAAUUGAGGUUUUACGGAAGGAGGGCGAGGAAGGCGAUAUACGGGCUGCGGAGGAGCGGGAGAGAGUACGGAAGAAGAAUUUGAGGAGGCUUGAGAGGGAGGAGAAGGAUGAGCGGUCUAUUGCUAGGAAAUAUAAAAGUGAGGAGCGAGAACGGGAGAAGGAGGCUGCUGUUUGUAGAGAGGAGGGCGUUAAGGUUAUGAGGGAGAUCAGAGAGAGGAAGAGGGUUAGAUUGGAUUGA